CGGAACUGUUGACGGGCGCCGCUGCCGCAGGCGGAGGAGGUCGUGGAGGGACCGGUGCCGCACGUGGUUGCCCCUAACAACCGGCGGAGGCCUGAGGGGCAGAGAGGGAGCCCGAAGCGAGUGAACAUGGUCGGCAAAGUGAAGCGAGCCCGGCGCAAGCUGCAUUCGGCGGCGGUGAAGCUGACGGAGGCGCCCGCGGCUCAGGGCACCGGGGAUUCCCUGAGCGGCUCAUCGCCAUGGUCGCCGGUCCCGCCGCUCCGGGCAGCGGAGGGCGAGAGGCCGUCACUGGAGGGUACAAGACAGUUGUCUACAUCAAUCUUUGCUGGAACCAUCAUCGACCCAAAGCUACUUGUUAAGAAUCUGGAUAUUGAUGAUUGCAAGAGUGUAGUGUCCAUAAAGAAAGGUGAGAAAGUUCAGCUGUCCAAGAAGGAGAAAAUGAAGCAGAGGCACGAGCGAUGGCUUCAGAAGAUUGACGCGAUCAAGUUAACAGAGCAGAAGAAGAAGGCCCAAAAGAAACGUAAAGCCACCCCUGUGGUGGGAGACAUGCAGCCGUUGGCUGAUGCACUGCCAGAACUGUCAGACCUCAUCAGUGCCAGCAAAGUAGCGGAGACAAAAAAAUCCAAGAGCAAGAGUAAGAAGAAGCCUGAGCCAACAGUCUUCAGCAAGAUGCAUCCUGCUCAAAAACGAAAAUUAAUAGAUGAAGAAGUGUCACGAUUCAGAGCAACCAUUGUGGACCCCACAUUUAAGGCAAAUCCUCUUGCAGCAGUUAGUGAACAUCUCCUCAAGAGAAUGAGACAAGAGGCUGAAGAACUGAUCUGAAAACAUGAUUGGUUGAUUGUUUGACAAAUUAUGAACAAAUAUUUACUUUGCAUUCGGAUCUUAAGUGAAAUUGUCUGGAACUUGCAGAAAGAUAUUGUGAGAUUAAUGUGGAUCAUCUCCCUCUCAAAAUAAGAGCUGAAUUUUUCACAACCUUUUCUGUCAGAUCAGUGUUUCAUAUACAAAAAAAGGAAUAUUCUUUAAACUAGUUCUGUGACACCAAUAAAGUGGGAAAUGGGCCAGAUAAAACAUUCAGAGGAGUGGUUAUUGAGUGUGCAGGUAUUUGAAACCCAAUUACAGUGCUUGUGUGUACCACAUGAAUGUUUAUUACCCAAAUUUUAUAAUAUGAAAAUGCAUAGUCACUAUAAUGGUUUUGUUUAUAAAAAAUGAAUAAAAAUUGAACAAACCCCACAGUUCUACGUCCAUUACCUUUGUAAAGCUCCAGUUGAAGCUAGGUCCAUAUUGGAGUUCCAGACAGUUGUCUGUAAAUGUUUGGGAACCACAUACACGAAUCAAGUAGGACCUUGAAAUGGUCCCCUGGCCUGCCUAUAUCUAUUACUGAUCCAAAUGCAAUAUAAAGGUGAAGAGGGUUAUACGGAAAGAUAAUUGAAUCAAACAGAUCAGGAUGUUCCAAUGAUUGUUGAUCUGAAAGAAUCAGAGUAAAAUAAAGAGAUUUCCAGGUGGAGAGUAGAUGACGUAGGACAGUGGCUUGUGAGUAUCCUUAGCUUUGCCAUAAUACAUUUGUUUAGCAUAUAUUGCUGGCAUUUGGCUGCCUGUGUAUCCAAGGGUAAAGAUCAUUCUGUCUUAAUGACUGAUGGUUUAAGUACAUUCCCUUUACACAAUGAUUUGGUUCAGUUAGUUUAUGUGAGCAUGUUGAUUUAUUUCUGUUUGUUAUUUUUGUAUGACAAUCUGUCUGUGUUUACAAAUCCAUAUGUGCUGCUUUUUCUACUUGAUGAACUAAGGUGUGUUGAGAGAUCCAAACUAGAUUAAGGAUGCCUGACCACCAUCACAAAGUCAAUGUCCCGGGUGUUUUUCUCCCUGCUUGUAUUUGUUUGUAUGUGGAAGGUGAAUUGUGGUCAAAUAAUCUAGCAAGUAAUCCAACAUUCUGUUUUUAUGUUUGGAAACAUGACAUCUCAUAUGUUGAAGUAAGGAAUACUUGAUAAGCAGCUUAGUUUAUCUUAACUUUCUCAAAUCAGUCUUCACCAAAGAUACAGCUUUCUACAGCAAAGUAAUUCAGCAGGUUACUACAGGCCUUUGCUGCCAAUGCUUUGCAAUUGUCAAAGUGACUGGGAAUUAUUGAUCUUUUCGGGCUGCCAGCAUUUAACUAUUCAGAUAAAUAGGUUAUGGCAGAUGAUGGAUUUAUGGACAAGUAAAAUGUAUAUUUUUAUUUUUAGGUGACAUGUACACAUCUAAAGUGUCGGAGAAACAAUUUACACUUACCAAUGCAAGACGUUUUCCAUUCAUAUGCUUUUAGCACUCAAUUUGUUAUAACUGUCAGGUUCUCUUCUCCAUUAUCUUCAAUAGUUUUUUUGUUGGAUUUACGAAAGUGUACGGUAAUAAUAAUCCUUGCAUUUGAUAUAGCACCUU